AGUCGUUAUGCUACGAUGACAAAAAAUUAACUCGAGAAUACGAAACAGCUGGUUCUUGAAUUAGCUAUGUCCUCAACUACUAUAACAAUAAUCGGUUAUUAUAUUUAUAAAGAUAGGAUCCUAUUAGAAUAUUUAAAAACUUUGUAGAUUAAAUGUUUUAAAACAAUUGUUUUAUACUUCAUAAUUUCAUUUUAAACGCUCAUCAGGUGGAUCGAUAUUAGCGGUGCUUUUCGCUGGAUACAUGUCCCAAAAAUUUCUACCACCUCCCAAGCCCGGCAUAGUUGGAAUAGAUUUAGGAACAACAUAUUCGUGCGUGGGUGUCUAUCAAGCUGGAACGGGAAAAGUAAAGAUACUAGAAAAUAGAGACGGGGAUCAAUGCAUUCCAAGCGUUGUGGCAUUUAGUGAAAAUGACGUGGUUGUUGGGUAUAAAGCUCAAGCUAUAGGCUCUCCAGAUAGCACUAUAUAUGACGCCAAACGAUUCAUUGGUAAAAAGUUUAAAAAGUCAGAAUUAGAAAAAGAAGCUUCAAGAUACUCAUUUCAAAUGGUAGCUGACGAGUACGGUCAAAUAAGAUAUAAGCUCGUUGAGAAACCAAAAGAUAUUGAUACUUUAGUCAGUCCUGAGUUUAUUGGAUCGAGAGUAAUAGAUAACUUGAAAUCAACUGCUGAGAAAGCAUUAGAAAAGAAGGUUACUUUAGGAGUAAUGUCAGUGCCCGCCGAAUUUAAUGAAGAUCAAAGAAACGCUACUAUUCAUGCUGCAAAGAUUGCUGGUAUAGAUAUAUUGAGGGUAAUUAACGAACCAACUGCUGCUGCAUUGGCCUAUGGUUUGCAUAAAAAACCUGAUAUUUCCUAUGUCUUGGUUGUUGACCUAGGAGGUGGAACAUUAGAUGUGUCUCUAUUAAAUGUCCAAGGAGGGAUGUUUAUCACGAUGGGUAUGGCUGGUAAUAAUCAUCUUGGUGGUCAAGAUUUCAAUGAAAGGUUGUUGCAAUAUUUAAUUACUCAGAUCAAGCAGAAAUACAAAAUAAAUACACUGGAUUUAUCGGAUAUAAACUCAUUGAGAAUGUUAGUUGAGAAAACUAAAAGGGUGUUGUCAUCAGAGAUGACGUCAAAGAUAGUCUUACCAUUAAAAACUCUCAAUGGCGAGACUUUUCAUUUUACAAUCAAAAGAGAGAUUUUUGAAGAUCUUAUUAGUGACCUGGUAAAAAAGGUACUCGAACCAAUUAAGCGGGUUAUUGAUUUUGUUAAAAUGGAGCCAGAAGAUAUCGAUGAGGUUGUUCUAGUUGGAGGCUCGACAAGGACACCGUCCGUACGUAAAUUAUUAGCUGAAUUUUUUGGUAAAAAGCCUAAUACGAGCAUUGACCCGGAAUUAGCUGUCGUUAGUGGCGUUGCAGUUCAGGCAGGAGUUAUAGGUGGAGCAUGGCCUCUGCAAGUUUCAGCUGUAGAGGCUCGAACAUCAGUUAGGAAAAUUCAUAUAUCCUAA